GUGCGCGCGUGCGCCGUGGGCUGGGCCGCGAUCGAUGCUGCUGCGGAGCUUGGCUGGGGGAGGCAGGGCCGUGGCCGCUGCUGCCCGUGGGCCGGGGCCAUGCCGACUCUCCAGCUGGGACUGGUGCCAAAGGCUUCCUAGAGGUGGCAGCAUUCUUCACAGGCACCAUGCCUGGAUCCGAAUCCGUGAAGGCUGCAGAGAGUUCGGGAAGGACCAUGUGGAGGUGGGCUCCCAAUCAGGUGUAGAUGGCACCAGGCAAUCCAAAUCCUCCCUGCCUGGUGGGGGCCCCUUAGAACACCCGUACUCGCUGCCGCCUGAGCUCCAGCCCCCUACAAACUGCUGCAUGAGCGGCUGUCCCAACUGCGUGUGGGUGGAGUAUGCCGAGGCACUGCUGCAGCACUACCAGGACGGCGGGGAGUGGGCCCUGACCGCCCUGGAGGAGCACGUGGCUGAUGAGAACCUCAAGGCUUUUCUCAGGAUGGAGAUCCAGCUCCGCGUGAGGAGUGGAGGCUGAGCCAGCCUGGCCAGACACCCUCACCCUGAUGGGCUCCAGCCUGGCAGUUCCUUCUUGGGAAGCAACAUGGCCUCCUUUAUUCAUGAUCCCUUUAUAGGGCUUGUGUCGGAUGGGAAUAUUCCCGGAAGAGUUAUUUAUUGACUUUACCUGAGAAUAAAUAAGUUGUCUGUGGUGGUUAGACAGGA